CACUGCUGAAGCUUUAGCCAUGAAUGGUGCGGUGACUACCGGCAAGGAGAAGCUGGUGGUGGAGGUGAUAGCGGCUCAUAACUUGAUGCCCAAAGACGGUGAAGGGUCAUCUUCGCCUUUUGUGGAGGUUGAGUUUGAGAGCCAAAGGCGUCGGACUCAAGUCAAAAGGAAAGACUUGAACCCCAUUUGGAAUGAGAAGCUUGUGUUUCAUAUCAACGACGUUGCUGAUCUUCCUUACAGGGCUGUUGAGGUUAAUGUUUUCAACGAGAGGAGGUCGAGUAACAGCAGGAAUUUUCUCGGGAAAGUGAGGGUUUCUGGUUCCAGUAUUGCUAAAGAAGGCGAAGAAGGUCCCCAAAUGUAUACCCUUGAUAAAAGAAGCUUGUUUUCUCACAUAAGAGGAGAAAUAACCUUAAAGCUUUACGUUUCAAAGAGGGAGGAAGUUAAAGAGGCGGGGAUUGAUAACAAUGGGAUGAUGUUUUCCAGUUCGGCUCCUGUUUCCUCAUCGGGGUUUUCAAAGAAGAAGAAUGUUCACCAACAGAACCCAGCUUUGGUGGUGCAACAACAACAGCUGGUCCAAGAUAACAAGCCAACAAUGCAGGGUCAAAACCAUGCAAAACCUGUAGAGCCAAACCCAGGUGAGUUAAAGCCUGUUGUGAUAACUACUGGGUCCGGUCCCGCAGUCCCCGUCGCUGCCUCAGGAGGCGGCGUUGUUGGUGGUGGUGCCGGUGCUGGGUUGAAUCUUUUCUCAAAUGGGUCUAAUGAGUUUUCACUAAAGGAGACUAGACCCCACCUUGGUGGUGGUCCUUUGAACAAGGACAAAACUAGUUCAACAUAUGACCUUGUUGAACAAAUGCAGUAUCUUUACGUUAGAGUAGUGAAAGCUAGAGGUGUUUCUUUCUUCGGUGGUGGUGGUGAGAUUGUGGCUGAAGUCAAGCUAGGGAACUAUAGAGGUGUCACCAAGAGGGUCAGUUUAAACCAUGCUGAUUGGGACCAAGUUUUCGCCUUUUCUAAAGAUUGUAUACAGUCAUCAACGGUGGAAGUUGUUGUUAAAGAAGGUAACAACGAUGAUUAUUUGGGUCGAGUUUGGUUCGAUUUAAAUGAAGUCCCCAGGAGGGUUCCUCCGGAUAGUCCUUUGGCACCGCAAUGGUACCGAAUGGAAGACAAGAAAGGAGAUAAGUCCAAAGGGGAAGUCAUGGUUUCCAUAUGGUUUGGGACUCAGGCUGAUGAGGCCUUUGCUGAGGCUUGGCACUCAAAGGCAGCAAAUGUUCAUUUUGAUGGGCUUUGCUCUAUUAAGUCCAAGGUUUAUUUGUCACCAAAGCUUUGGUAUUUGAGGGUAUCAGUGAUUGAAGCACAAGAUGUUUUGGGUGAAAAGGGGUCAACUUUAUUGAGGUACCCUGAGCUCUCAGCUAAAGUCCAGGUGGGGAAUCAAGUCUCAAGGACUAGAAUUUCAAGUGUUAGUCCCAACAGAAGCUUAUCCAAUCCGUUUUGGAAUGAAGAUUUCUUGUUUGUAGUUGCAGAGCCAUUUGAGGAUUACCUGUUGCUGACUGUUGAGGAUCGAGUUGGCCCUGGGCGGGACGAGGUUGUAGGCAGAGUAUUGCUUCCCGUGGCUGCUGUCGAAAGAAGAACCGAUGACAGACAAGUGGUUUCUAGGUGGUUUAAUCUUGAUAACCAUUUUGGCAGCACCACUGAGGCUAAGCUUGUGAUGGGAUUUGGUUCGAGAAUUCAUCUUCGGGUCUCACUUGACGGAGGAUACCAUGUUCUGGAUGAGGCCACUAUGUAUAGCAGUGAUGUUAGGCCAACUUCAAAACAGCUAUGGAAGCCUCACAUUGGUGUACUCGAAAUGGGGAUCUUGGGUGCAACAGGACUUAUGCCAGUGAAAAUCAAGGAAGGAAAAGGUGGCACCGCUGAUGCUUAUUGUGUUGCCAAGUACGGUCAGAAAUGGGUAAGGACCCGAACUGUGGUUGAUAGCUUGUCCCCGAAAUGGAAUGAGCAAUACACUUGGGAAGUUUUCGAUCCUUGCACGGUUAUUACCAUUGGUGUGUUUGACAACUGUCGCACUGAUAAAAACAUCAUUACUAACGGUGUUCCUCGUGACUCUCGGAUUGGGAAGGUUAGAAUCCGGCUAUCAACGCUUGAGUCCGAUCGAGUUUAUACUCAUUCAUAUCCACUCCUCAUGCUGCAUACAUCUGGUGUCAAGAAAAUGGGUGAGCUUCAUUUAGCUGUGCGUUUUUCUUGUGCUAACAUGGGAAACAUGCUGCAUAUGUAUACGUUACCUUUGCUACCAAAGAUGCAUUAUAUACAACCUUUGAGUGUGAAUCGAAUGGAGAGCCUAAGGUACCAAGCUAUGAAUGUGGUGUCAUCCCGGCUAAGCAGAGCGGAGCCACCGUUGGGGCGUGAGGUUGUUGAGUACAUGCUUGAUCAUGACUCCCAUAUGUGGAGCAUGAGAAGGAGCAAAGCUAACUUUUUCAGACUAAUGAGUGUGAUCUCUGGUCUGGUUGUCAUGAGCCGGUGGUUAGAGUCUAUGCGAAAUUGGACCAAGCCAGUGUACUCAUCCUUGUUUGUUGCAGCCUUUCUCUUAUUAGUUUCACUACCCGAGCUCAUCAUCCCCGCAUCCCUGCUUUACAUGGCCACCAUGGGACUAUGGCGAUACAGGUUCCGACCUCGUCAUCCGCCCCACAUGGACACUCGACUGUCCCAUGCCGAGAGUGUUUAUCCAGAUGAACUUGACGAGGAAUUCGAUUCAUUCCCGACUGGCCGAAGCGCAGAUGUGGUCAAAAUGCGGUACGAUAGGCUACGGAGUGUGGCAGGAAGGAUUCAAACGGUGGUGGGAGACAUGGCAACACAAGGGGAAAGGUUCCAAGCAUUGCUGAGCUGGAGAGAUCCAAGGGCCACAUUCUUGUUUGUGAUAAUCUGCUUGUUUGCAGCCGUGGGAUUCUAUGCAGUGCCAUUCAAGGUGAUGGUGGCAUUAUGGGGAAUGUAUGCGUUGAGGCCCCCAAGAUUCCGAAGCAAGUUGCCAUCUCGGGCAUUGAGUUUCUUCAGGAGGUUGCCUACAAAAGCAGAUAGUUUGCUGUAAGAAAGUAAAAGCAUAGUGGGGAUGAAAUAUUUUGAACUAUAGUUUUAGGAUUUUAAGGUCCCUUGGG